AUGUGCUGCAAUCUAUUUAAUGAUGAAAUUAUAAUAAGAAAACUCAAUCACAAAUUUAAGCUAGUAAAUUACAAUAAUCAUAGAGAGUAUACAAUUAAUAGUUUAAAGAUAAGCAAAAAUAAAUUAUAAAAGGAGAUGGAAGAUUAGGGUUUGAGUAAGAAGGCCCUUAUUAAUCUAUUCAUGCAGGUGCUGCAGCUGAAACAAAUAUCACAAAAACGAUUAGAAUAACUGGAUAAAGGCCGUCGUCGUAUGUUAACUUCUCCUGGUAAGGGAAACAAAGUGUUUUAAGUGAUUGAUAUGGAUCAAAAUGGAAAAUUAAUAUUUAAAAUUUUUUAGGAAUUAGAUAUGUCCCUUUUACUGAUUUAAAUAAGCAACUAAAUAAUCGAUAGAUGGAUAAAUAUUAUAUCAAAUAUCAAUUAUUAAAAAGAAUUUAAGAUUAGAUUCAAUAUACAAAUAUUACAAACAUAAUUUAAACUGUUUGUACAAUUAAUAUUAUGCAAAGUGGAUCAUGAUCAUUAUACAAAAGUAAAAAAAAUAAAAAAAUUACCAGGAGGAGCAUAUGAUAAGAUUUACCUAUAUAAAUGUGAGAAAUCUAUAAAUAAUAAAAGAAUAUUUCAAUGA